GUUCCCCUACACGCUUCCCAACCCUCCCAGUCCUCGCUCGGCGCCCCUGCCCCGUCAUGAAGCCCCAGCGGGAGGAGGUGAGCAUCCCGCUGUACCCCCCCAGCCGGGGGCAGCCCCCCACCACCGGCCCCAACGAGCAGCCCCGAGAUUUCUUUCUCUGGUCCCUCUUCAACGUCCUGAUCGGUUACGGGCUCGCCUACCUCGGCUGCCUCUGCUUCCCCGCGCUCAUCUUCUCCAUCAAGGCCCGUGACUGCAAGAUGCUGGGGGAUGUGGAGGGUGCCAGGAAGCACAGCACCCGGGCCAAGGUGUUGAACAUCAUCUGCUCCGUGCUGAUGGUCGUCACCGUGAUCGUUGCCAUCGCUGUCUUCGUGGCUGUCAUCACCUGACCACUGCUGGCCACAGCCCCUCGACCGAUGGACCGACCUGCCACCCUUCCACUG